CUCACAUUUCUCCCUCGUUCCCAUUGUACACCUGGCAACACUCCCCCUCCCGCGGGACUGCCCUUCUUCAACUCAGGAGCGGAGUAGAGAAGGUUUGUUGAUGUUACAUACAUCCGAUGGCAAGAGAGAAGACCCACCGCUGGUACAAGAUGCUGAGCUGGUUCCUCUUUGUCUUCAUAGCCAUCACAGCUCAAUUAAUGACUCACGUCCGAGGUCAAGUGGCCCCGCCGUCGAGAUUAAGAUACACUGUUGUUGCUCAUGACAGUGUUCAGAUUUCAUGGAAAGCCCCUAAAGGGCAGAUUGAUGGAUAUAGACUCCUCGUCACUCCAAAUGCAGGUGGAAAAACCAACGAGCUCACUCUUCAAAACAAUGCAAACAAAGCAAUUAUUCAAGGCCUUAUCCCCGAUCAGGGUUAUACGGUUCAGAUUGUGGCGCUUGCUAAGGAUCAGGAAAGCAAAGCGGCUCAAGGCCAGUUCCGAAUUAAAGAUAUUGAGAAGAAGAAGGAGACCUCGGCAAAACCCAAGGUGAAGCCUGCCAUCCCAACGAAGGAUAUUGAAAGUACACAACUUCCAGAAGUAGAAGAAAACCAAUUUAAAUGCAAAACUCCAGCCGUCGCAGACAUAGUGAUCUUAGUGGAUGGUUCCUGGAGUAUUGGCAGGUUCAACUUCCGGCUUGUGCGUCUUUUCCUGGAGAAUCUGGUUUCUGCCUUCAAUGUGGGAUCUGAAAAAACAAGAAUAGGCCUUGCACAAUACAGCGGCGACCCACGGAUAGAAUGGCAUCUGAAUGCCUAUAGCACAAAAGAUGCUGUUUUGGAAGCAGUGCGUAACCUACCAUACAAGGGUGGGAACACCUUAACAGGCCUCGCCUUAACUUUUAUUUUGGAAAACAACUUUAAGCCUGAAGCAGGUGCAAGACCCGGGGUCCCCAAAAUCGGUAUAUUGAUCACAGAUGGGAAAUCCCAAGAUGAUGUCAUCCCGCCUGCCAAAAACCUGAGAGACGCUGGCAUUGAAUUGUUUGCUAUUGGUGUAAAGAAUGCUGACGAAAACGAACUGAAGGAAAUCGCCUCUGAACCAGACAGCACUCACGUCUACAACGUUGCUGAUUUCAGCUUCAUGAACUCCAUUGUGGAAGGUCUUACCAAGACCGUGUGCUCAAGAGUUGAAGAACAGGAAAAAGAAAUCAAAGGAACUUUGGUAGCCACUCUGGGGGCUCCUACAGAUUUGGUCACAUCCGAGGUGACAGCCAGGGGGUUCCGUGUGAGCUGGACUCAUGCGCCAGGCAAAGUGGAGAAAUACAGAGUUGUCUACUACCCCACAAGAGGAGGACAGCCAGAGGAGGUGGUUGUGCAUGGCAGUGUUUCAACGGCAGUGCUGAAAAACCUGAUGUCUAUAACUGAAUACCAGAUAGCUGUUUUCGCCAUAUACAUUACUUCUGCCAGCGAGGGCCUCCGGGGUACUGAAACUACGCUCGCCUUGCCAAUGGCCUCGGAUCUGGAGCUGUAUGACGUGUCUCACAGCAGCAUGAGAGUAAAAUGGAACAGAGUAGCCGGUGCAACCGGCUAUAUGAUUCUGUACGCUCCUCUCACGGAUGGGCUGGCUGCAGAUGAAAAGGAGAUGAAAAUUGGAGAAAGCUCAACAGACAUUGAACUGGAGGGUCUUCUGCCCAACACAGAAUACACGGUCACAGUUUAUGCAAUGUUUGGAGAGGAAGCCAGUGACCCGCUUACAGGACAAGAAACAACAUUACCUUUAAGCCCACCACAGAACUUGACGUUUUCAAAUGUGGGACACAAUUCAGCAAAGGUCACAUGGGAUCCUGCUUCUAAAAAGGUGAAAGGCUAUCGGAUUAUGUAUGUCAAAACAGAUGGCACAGAAACCAAUGAGGAAGAGGUUGGCCGUGUUUCAACACACACUCUGCAGAGCCUGACAUCCCUCACUGAGUAUACUGUAGCUAUUUUCUCCCUCUAUGACGAAGGGCAGUCUGAGGCACUCACUGGCAGCUUCACCACAAAAAAAGUUCCAUCUCCCCAGUAUCUGGAAAUACACGAAGUAUCAACAGACAGCUUUAGAGUCAGCUGGAAGCUGCCAUCCUCAGACGUUGCCCUUCUUCGACUGGCAUGGAUUCCACUGGGUGGGGAAGAAGGCGAAGAGAUCGUUCUCAGCGGAGAGGUGGACACGUACGAGAUCGAAGGCCUUCUGCCAAGCACAGAGUAUGAGGUGUCCUUGGUGGCCAUCUUUGAUGACGAAAGUGAAAGUGAUGUCAUUGCUGUCCUUGGGACCACACUUGAAGUAACAACUACUGAAAUGACCACCAUAACCACGACUAGUACCACAACUUUCCGGCCUACAACAGCAGUCUUUCGAACAGGAAUAAGAAAUCUCGUCAUAGACGACGAAACUACCUCAAGCUUGAGAGUCAAAUGGGACAUUUCGGACUACAACGUUCGUCAGUUCAGGGUGACAUACCUCACCGCUGAUGGUGAUCGGGGUGAGGAAGCGGUAAGAACGGUAAUGGUCCCUGCAAGGCAAAACAGUUUGCUUCUUCAGCCUUUGCUCUCAGACACUGAAUAUAAAGUUAUGGUUACCCCCAUCUAUUCUGACGGGGAAGGUGUCAGUCUGUCAGCUCCAGGGAAAACUUUGCCCCUGUUUGCUCCUCAAAAUCUCCGGGUCUCUGACGAAUGGUACAACCGAUUGCGGAUUAGCUGGGAUGCCCCUCCGUCUCCCACCAUGGGAUACAGGAUUGUAUAUAAACCUGUGAACAUCCCUGGACCAGCCCUGGAGACGUUUGUGGGAGAUGAUAUCAGCACAAUCCUUAUUUUGAAUUUGCUCAGUGGAACUGAAUACAGCGUUAAAGUAUUUGCUUCCUACUCAACGGGAUUCAGCGAUGCUUUAGCCAGCGUAGCCAAAACAUUGUACUUGGGAGUGACAAAUCUGAGUGCUUAUCAAGUCCGCAUGACAAGUAUCUGCGCUCAGUGGCAACUUCAAAGACAUGCAACAGCAUACAGGGUUGUGAUCGAAUCACCUCUUGAUGGGACACAGGGGGAAGCAUUACUUGGUGGAGGAACUCCUAGGCAUUGCUUCUUUGAACUCGUUCCUGGUACAGAAUACAAAAUCAGCAUCCAUACGCAGCUUCAAGAAAUAGAGGGACCUGCUGUUAGCAUAAUGGAGACCACUUUGCCGUUCCCAACCCAACCACCACCAACUCCUUCAACCACCACUCCACAACCUACAAUUCCUCCUGCAAAGGAAGUUUGCAAAGCCGCGAAGGCAGACCUUGUCUUUUUGGUGGAUGGCUCAUGGAGUAUCGGCGAUGACAAUUUCAACAAAAUAAUUGGCUUCCUGUACAGCACUGUGGGAGCUCUUGAUAAGAUUGGCCCUGAUGGAACUCAGGUGGCCAUUGCUCAGUUCAGUGAUGAUCCCAGGACCGAAUUUAAACUGAAUGCCUACCGAACGAAAGAAACACUUCUGGAGGCCAUCCAGCAAAUAGCAUACAAGGGAGGGAAUACCAAAACAGGCAAGGCAAUUAAACAUGCUCAACAGGCCUUAUUUACUAUUGAUUCAGGGACCAGAAAGGGGAUCCCAAAGGUUUUGGUAGUGAUCACAGAUGGGAGAUCACAGGAUGAUGUGAACAAAGUCGCCAGAGAGAUGCAGCUAGAUGGGUUCAGUAUAUUUGCCAUUGGAGUAGCAGAUGCUGAUUAUUCAGAACUGGUUAACAUUGGCAGCAAGCCUAGCGACAGGCAUGUCUUCUUUGUGGACGACUUUGAUGCCUUUAAGAAGAUUGAAGAUGAACUGAUCACUUUUGUCUGCGAGACAGCAUCAGCAACUUGCCCAUUGGUUUAUAAAGAUGGCAACAGCCUAGCAGGAUUCAAAAUGAUGGAGAUGUUUGGUUUGGUGGAAAAAGAGUUUGCAACAGUGGAAGGGGUUUCUAUGGAGCCUGGAACAUUUAAUGCCUACUCCUGCUACAGACUGCAUAAGGAUGCUUUGGUUUCCCAGCCAACCAAAUAUCUACACCCAGAGGGACUUCCUUCAGAUUAUACCAUUACGUUUCUCUUCCGUAUACUCCCUGAAACGCCCGAGGAACCGUUUGCUCUCUGGGAGAUUCUGAACGAAGAAUAUGAGCCGCUGGUUGGAGUUAUUUUGGACAAUGGUGGCAAAACAUUGACUUUCUUCAAUUACGACUACAAAGGUGAAUUCCAGACUGUCACUUUUGAAGGACCUGAUAUAAAGAAAAUAUUUUACGGAAGUUUCCAUAAGUUGCAUGUUGUCAUCAGCAAAACUACAGCUAAAGUUGUGAUUGAUUGCAAACAAGUGGGUGAGAAGAUGAUCAAUGCGGCAGGCAAUAUUACUUCUAACGGGAUAGAGGUACUGGGAAGAAUGGUUCGAUCGAGAGGGCCAAGGGACAACUCUGCACCAUUCCAGCUGCAGAUGUUUGACAUCGUCUGCACCACUUCAUGGGCCAACAGAGAUAAGUGUUGUGAACUUCCAGCUUUGAGGGAUGAAGAAAGCUGCCCUGCCCUACCUCAUGCUUGCUCCUGUUCUGAAGUCAGCAAGGGAGCUAAUGGACCCCCUGGACCACCAGGUGGUCCAGGUCUCCGAGGUCCAAAAGGUAGCCGAGGUGACCUUGGCCCAAAGGGACCAGAUGGACCUCGUGGUGAAAUUGGAGCUCCUGGUCCGCAGGGGCCUCCUGGCCCCCAAGGACCAAGUGGACACUCCAUCCAAGGACCUCCGGGAACAACUGGUGAAAAAGGAGAAAUUGGGGAAAUGGGUCGUCCUGGCCUACAGGGGGUUCCAGGAGCAUCUGGCUCCCCAGGACGAGAUGGAAGCCAAGGCCAAAGGGGCCUGCCAGGCAAAGACGGACCCACUGGCCCUCAAGGGCCACCAGGGCCUGUGGGAAUACCUGGUGCGCCAGGUGUGCCAGGAGUCACCGGCAAUAUGGGGCCACAAGGCGAUUCUGGAGCACCUGGACUUCCUGGACCAAAAGGCGAGAGGGGUGAACGUGGAGACCUCCAGUCCCAAGCCAUGGUACGUGCAGUAGCCCGUCAAGUAUGUGAACAGCUUAUCCAAGGUCACCUGGCCAGGUAUAACUCCAUCUUAAACCAGAUUCCAAGCCAGUCUGUCUCAACACGAACUGUCCCUGGACCCCCCGGUGAACCAGGAAGGCAAGGGUUACCGGGACCUCAAGGAGAACAAGGAUCUUCGGGAAGGCCAGGAUUUCCAGGCAGUCCUGGCCAGCCUGGAAGACCUGGUGAAAGAGGUUUACCGGGAGAGAAGGGAGAGCGAGGGAACCCAGGUGUUGGGACCCAAGGCCCCCGGGGCUCACCAGGGGCAGCAGGGCCUCCAGGCGAAAGCCGCACAGGCGCCCCGGGACCACAAGGUUCACCAGGUCCAAGAGGACCACCUGGCCAUACAGGUGCUCCUGGGCCGCAUGGCACCUCAGGGCAACCAGGAUACUGUGAUCCCUCUUCCUGUGCUGGUUAUGGAACAGGUGGCUCAUUCCCUUACAAUGGCUACCCAUACGGAAGGUGAAAUCGGGUAGAGUCUGGUUUUUCUUUCUCAUAUGGACGAAGGUCAGAAUGGCAACUACUGAACAGCCCCCAUGCUUUCCCACCAGCAACACCGAAUACUAUUAUUAUCACCACUAACAAAGGAUGCCUGCUCUAGUUUUCUUAUGCUUUCUGCUAGAAUUAAAACACUUGGCACAUUUCUCCACGGUGCGCAUUGCUAGGCACAAGCAACCAUUGGGCAGGCUGUUAUCCAGAACAGGGUUGUAUCAAAGCCCUGGGAGAGCUUUUGGAAAGGGAGAGCUUCACUUAUUUGAGCAAAACAAGUGGGAACGACAACAAGUUAUUGCAGGUUGGAGUGUUCCUAUUUAGGCCUCCAGCAAGCCAGCCAGAUCCCAUAUGCAGGAUUCUCCAUUGAAUCACGGUCUUUUGCUUUAACUUUCCCCCCACUGAAAUAAAUGAGGGCUAAACACACUUAAUCAGGGCUGGGUUGUGUCUACUGGUUCUUAAGCUUCUCCAUGUUCCCCACCCCCCACCCCUAACCACGCUGUGUAACAGAAAACUCAUAUCUAAAACAAUUAGCGCACUGUUACUGCUGGUGUCGGUUUCCAACUAACAGGAAGAUCAUAAAUCUUCCCCCAUUCACUGGUGCUGAUUUAAUCUUACAAGGUCGACUGCUUUGCAAGUAGAAGUAGCCGAGAGCAGCCUUUCUCAACCUUGGCCUCCCCACUCCCCCGAUGAUAUUGGACUACAACUGCCAUCAUCCCUAGCUAGCAGGACCAGUGGUUAAGGAUGAUGGGAGUUGUAGUCCAACCGCAUCUGGGGACACAAAGUUGAGAAAAAGGUUGCUCUAUAGAGAGCAAUAUUCAACCAAGCUCCUAACGAUUGCUUCUAUUUUGCUUUCCUCUUGCGUUAACUGUGCGGCUCCUCUUGGCGAGUUAAGGUGGAUAUGGGGACCCAACUGAUCAAGAGAUCCCUGUCGUGCCGUUACCGCACAACUCCUACCAGCUCUAUGACUCCGAGGACCUUUAUGAUGAUGACGAUGAUCAAGAGCCUUAUCUAGUGCAU